AUGUCGACACCAGCCAAACUGGAUCUGGAGGUCGACCUCUUCGACGACGACGACCAAAAAAUAUUUUGGAGGGCUAGUCGCGACAUUGAACACGAAACUUUCACACAAGGUGCUGUUGGCCAAGCCGAGCACAUUGCUCUAUUCAAAACCCCACGUUUCAUUGUAAAGUUUGGAGAUACAGGCACCUUUAUGUUUAACAAUGGGCUCGGCUUGGCCAACAGCACCUUGUGUGAAAGUUUCACGAUCAAGCUUGCCAAUCCCAGAUUUCGCAAUGUCGCUACCAGCCAAACUGGAUCUGGAGGUCGACCUCUUCGACGACGACGACCAAAAAAUAUUUUUUGGGCUGUUUGCGACAUUGAACACGAAACUUUCACACAAGGUGCUGUUGGCCAAGCCGAGCACAUUGCUCUAUUCAAAACCCCACGUUUCAUUGUAAAGUUUGGAGAUACAGGCAGCUUUAUGUUUGUAAGCGUGAUGCUAUAUGAAGAGUGGUCUUUGUUCAUUGUCAAGUAG